AGCGCUCAUUCCAUGUUCUGGACUGUUCUUUCUUAGAAAGUCUUAAAGCGCUUUCCAUCCGACUGCUGCUGCAGUGUCAGUGAGUGAGUGAACUCGAGAACAGACAGCACUUGUGUUUCUUUGACAGAGUAGUCGGCGUUUCAGCUGCCAGCAGAAGCCAUGUCAAAGGGACCAGCAGUUGGCAUUGACUUGGGGACCACCUAUUCUUGUGUGGGGGUCUUUCAGCAUGGCAAAGUGGAAAUCAUUGCCAAUGACCAGGGCAACAGGACCACACCAAGUUAUGUAGCAUUCACAGACACAGAGAGGCUGAUUGGUGAUGCAGCAAAGAACCAAGUAGCAAUGAACCCCACCAAUACUGUCUUUGAUGCAAAGAGGCUGAUUGGACGGAGGUUUGAUGACACCGUUGUGCAGUCAGACAUGAAGCACUGGCCAUUCACCGUUAUCAAUGACAGCUCGCGCCCCAAAGUUCAAGUUGAAUACAAAGGGGAGACCAAGGCCUUUUAUCCAGAAGAGAUUUCUUCUAUGGUGCUUACAAAGAUGAAGGAAAUUGCAGAGGCAUACCUUGGAAAAACUAUUAUGAAUGCCGUCAUUACUGUUCCUGCUUACUUCAAUGACUCUCAGCGUCAGGCCACAAAGGAUGCUGGAACUAUCUCUGGUCUUAAUGUUCUACGUAUUAUCAAUGAACCUACUGCUGCUGCCAUUGCCUAUGGCCUGGACAAGAAAGUUGGCUCUGAGAGAAAUGUCUUGAUCUUUGAUCUCGGUGGUGGUACUUUUGAUGUGUCCAUCCUUACCAUUGAGGAUGGCAUCUUCGAGGUCAAGUCUACAGCUGGAGACACUCACCUCGGGGGAGAAGACUUUGACAAUCGCAUGGUCAACCAUUUCAUCUCCGAGUUCAAGCGCAAAUACAAAAAGGACAUCAGCGACAACAAGAGGGCAGUUCGUCGGCUGCGGACAGCCUGCGAGAGGGCCAAACGUACCCUGUCCUCCAGCACUCAGGCCAGUAUCGAGAUCGACUCUCUUUAUGAGGGAAUUGAUUUCUACACGUCCAUCACUAGGGCUCGUUUUGAAGAGCUGAAUGCUGAUCUUUUCCGUGGCACCUUGGAUCCAGUAGAGAAGUCCCUCCGUGAUGCUAAACUGGACAAGUCUCAGAUUCAUGACAUUGUCCUAGUUGGAGGCUCCACCCGGAUUCCCAAGAUCCAAAAGCUGCUGCAGGAUUUCUUCAAUGGCAAGGAGCUUAACAAGAGCAUCAAUCCAGAUGAAGCUGUUGCCUAUGGAGCAGCUGUUCAGGCAGCCAUUUUAUCUGGAGACAAGUCUGAGAAUGUCCAGGACCUGUUGCUCCUGGACGUUACCCCUCUGUCCCUAGGUAUUGAAACAGCUGGUGGCGUUAUGACCAUCCUGAUCAAACGGAACACUACCAUUCCAACCAAGCAAACACAGACCUUCACCACCUACUCAGACAACCAGCCUGGUGUCCUCAUUCAGGUGUACGAGGGUGAGCGAGCCAUGACUAAGGACAAUAACUUGCUUGGAAAGUUUGAGCUGACGGGCAUCCCUCCUGCUCCUCGUGGGGUUCCCCAGAUUGAAGUAACCUUUGACAUUGAUGCCAAUGGUAUCAUGAAUGUCUCUGCUGUUGACAAGAGCACCGGCAAGGAGAACAAGAUCACUAUCACCAAUGACAAAGGUCGUCUAAGCAAGGAGGACAUUGAGCGCAUGGUCCAGGAAGCUGAGAAGUACAAGGCUGAGGAUGAUGUCCAAAGAGAAAAAGUGUCGGCUAAGAAUGGCCUUGAGUCCUACGCCUUCAACAUGAAGUCCACAGUUGAGGAUGAGAAACUUAAGGGCAAGAUUAGUGACGAGGACAAGCAGAAGAUUCUUGACAAGUGCAAUGAGGUCAUAAGCUGGCUGGACAAAAACCAGACCGCUGAGAAAGAUGAGUUUGAGCAUCAGCAGAAGGAACUAGAGAAGGUGUGCAACCCUAUCAUCACCAAACUGUACCAGAGUGCUGGUGGAAUGCCAGAGGGCAUGCCUGGAGGCUUCCCAGGAGCUGGAGGUGCUCCUGGCGGAGGUGGAUCCUCUGGACCAACUAUUGAAGAAGUUGAUUAAAUCUUUCUGAGAAAGUUUCUCACUGUGUAAAGAAGCUUACUGUGUUGUUUUUGGAGCACCUUAAUAUGUUGUAUUUGUUCCCAAUCGCAUGUUUCUAAAUUGUAACAUAUCUCAGACUUCUAAUUCAGACCAUUUGUGAAUUGAUAUGUAACUCAAAUGGGCAUUUAUUACAAGAGUGCAGCAUGUUUUCGUUCAUGUGUUAAAUUUAUGUUAAAGAUUACGCUGAAUGCAUCACACCCUGUUGAGUCUAGACAAAUAAAGAAUUUGGCAUUCACAAUGUAAAGUGUUCUUGGUUCUGUCAGUAUAUGGGUAUGUAUUUGUUGCAGUAUGCAUAAUGUACUCUGUGUAAACUGUUUAAAAUUAAAUUGCAACACUUUACAAUAAGGUUCUAAUUGUUAACUUUAGUAAACGCAUUAGGUAUCAUGAACUAACUUUGAACAAUAUUUUUAAGUGCAUUUAUUAUUUAUUAAUUUUGGUAAUGCUAAACAGAGCAUUUAAUUUUAAAAAUGUAUUAGUAUAUUUUGAAAUUAACCUAAACCACGAUUAACAAAUGCUGUAUACCUUUUGAUUAUUGUUCAUGUUAAAUAGUUAACAAAUACAUCCUUAUUGUAAAGUGUUACAAAUUAAAUACAAGUGGAAUUACAAUAAAUACUUUAAGCUAAUUAUCUGCAUUUGA